AUUUUCUGUAUAUUUGAAUGUUAUUCCCGGCUUCAGUAGUUUUAUUAUGGUGUGUUGAAUGAUGCGCGCGCUGAAGAAGGAUCUUUUUUGGGGAUGUGCGCGAGCUGUAAAAGGUGCCCAGGAUCAAACACAGGUGUAAGGCAUGAAGACUCCUUUGAGUCCGGCACAGCUGAUGGAGAACAGCCCUCCGCUUUUUCCUGUCACAGAGCUGAAGGACGGAAUGGCGGACGUUUCCACACAGGAGAGAAAGAAGCUCCUGUAUUCGCUCUGCGAGGUGUGUAACAUUCAGCUGAACUCGGCUGCUCAGGUUCAGACACACUACAACGGGAAAUCCCACCUGCGCAGAGUCAAACAGCUCAACAACGGAGAGAGUCCACCAGCCAGCAACAGCAUCCCAAAUCCUCUUUCCACGACAAUUACAAGCAGCAGCACAGGUGAGGCUGUUUACCUGUUUUACCUCAAUUAACUGACAUGGAGGAUCUAAUACACUUCCUGUUUUCAGGAACAGGGUACAUUGUAUGAGGUCAAGUGUAUUAGUGCUGUCAGUUAUCUUUACACCUGAAAUUGAAUCAUCUUAAUGAAGCACAGAUGCAAUGUGAUACAUAAUCAAGUCAGGGCCCUAUUCAGACCUCAGGAGGGUAGCCGUCACACAGUGUGUAUAUUUUUCACCAAUAUAUCACCAAUAGAUUUUUAUGAGUGUAUAAAAAUAUAUUGGUGCAUUAUUUAUUCAGGGUGAAUUCGAUCGGAUCAAAGUGAGUGUGAAUCAAAUGAAUCAAAGUGAAGCUGAAUUGAAUUGAAUCUCAAUGAGUGUGAAUCAAAUGAAUCAAAAUCAGGAUGAAGCGAAUGAAUCAAAAAGAGGGUGAACUGAAAAAAUCAAAAUUAGGAUGAAUUAAAAAAAAAUCUAAUCAAUG